ACUGAAAGUGUAAAUAAUUCGGUCUCAGUUUAAAUAACGUUUAAACAGUAAGAAAGAAAAACUUUUAAAAAUCUUUACAGCGUAAUGUGCGCGGAACUGUGUAUUGUUCGUUGAUCGCUUAAGCAUUACCGGAAAAGUGACACAUGAAAAGUUUUAUGUUUUGUCAAGUGCAAUUUCAAGGAGACUUUGGCUCACCUUUAUGAUGAAUUUAAAAAAAGUUUGAUGAAUGAGAGGUGAAAUUACCAUGGAGGCUUACGAUUUGGUUAUAAUUGGCUCUGGUAUGAUUGGGUCAGCUGCAGCUUAUCAUGCUUCUAAAAUAACUGGGAAAUCUGUGUGUCUUAUUGGUCCUCCUGAACCUAAGACUCGGGAGGACUGGCAAAUCUUUGGUAGCUGGUAUGACGAAGGACGGAUGUGUCGCAGAGCAUCAGAUUCCCACACUUGGUCUGUCCUUGCAGUGCAGUCAAUGCUGAAGUAUAGGCAACUUGAAAACGAAUCAGGUGUUGACUUCUACAAUGAGACUGGAUUUAUUUUUGUAAUGGAAAAUGAAGAAUCUGCUCAGCAAACUAUGAAUACUAUUGAGCAGUGUGGUCUCCAGGUUGAAGAUGUAUCAACAGAUUGGAAGACUUACUUUGAAUUUUUAAAUCUACCUAAAGAUGCUUUUAUCAUCUGGGAAAGAGAAGGAACUGGCUAUGUAAGUGCGCGAAGGUUAGUAAAGGCACAUCAGAAGGUUGCUGUUGAAAAUGGAGUGAAGUUGAUUCCAGAAGUAGUAUAUACUAUAAAACCGGCCUCUUCAAAGUCAGCCACUUACAGAUGGGAAGUGAUGACUGAAGAAGGGAAUGUCUUUCAUGCAAAAUCAGUUCUUGUGGCUACUGGUGCUUAUGCAGGAUUUAAACAGCUUUUUGACUGUGUCACACCAAAUAAAGUUCCAGAUUUAGACCUCAGAACACAGACUGUUGCCUUCCUCCAGGUCCCUAAUGAAGAAGUCGAAAGGUUAAAGUGUAUGCCCACGAUUAUAACGAAAUUCAGCUUCGACACACUUGAUGGUGCCUACAUAAUACCUCCUAUUAGAUAUCCUGAUGGUAACUGGUAUUUGAAACUUGGCCAUGCAAGAGCAUAUGAGGGUAAGAAACAAACACUUGAAGAAGUAGCAGAAUGGUUCAGGCAACGCACUGGUAUUCCAGAGUGCGUGGAGAAACUGGCUCAGUAUAUUUGUCACAUGAUACCAGGACUGAAAGUGGAGAAAGUUUUCGGAGAUGGGUGUGUCACUGCUCACACUCCUGAUUAUGAACCAUACAUUGACAUGGUUGCAGAAGGAUUUGGAGUUGCUCUUGGUGGCAAUGGUUAUGCAGCCAAAUCGUGUCCUGAAAUUGGAAGACUUGCAGCUCGUUUAAUUGUGCUAGGAGAGUGGGACACUGAAAUACCAAGAGACCGAGUCAGAAUCAAAUGGAAAGAAAUUUAGUGUUAAGGGAUAUUUGUACACCAACAGUGCUUGAAACUGAAACCACUAAUGAGAUGGUAGUAAAAGUUUUAUAACAGUACAUUAUUUAUUUGUGGUUUAUUGAAGUCAUUUUAAGUAUUUUGCUGCAGUAAUUUUUUUAAGCAUCAUAGAAAUAAUGGGUUAUUGUUGAUUGUUGGAGUUUUAAAUUUAAAGCUUUCUAUGCCACAUGGUAUAGAAGACCUUCCCAAUUUAACAAGGAAAGUUUGAGAAAAAAAGCUGUUGUGUGUACAGGUAAGUAUUAAAUGUUAUCACACUAUAUAGCUACCAUAUGGCAGAAAAAGCAGGGACAUAGCAUGCAACUAGAUAGUAAUUUUACUGUAAUGUGCAAGAGAAAACAAAUGCAGCUUAGGCAUAGCAGAAGACAUAUUAUAACUAGUAUUCCCUCCCUCUCUGCCCCUGAUGGAUAACUAACAGAUAAUUGUGAAUUUAUGAGUGCUUGAAUUUGCACACACAAAAAAAUAACAAGUUGUUGGCUAAUUAUAGGAAAUUAGUUAAUUUUGUGUAUUAGAAAAUGAAUGCCCGUAAAUUGAAUCAUACAUGGUUGAGUUUUUAUGUAAAUUUGAUGUUUAUACCUAGCAUAUAGGCUAUCCUGCAUGUGUAUUUGUAUGCAUAUCUUGACACACUUUACUGUGUUCCUUCCUCUUCACUCAGGCACAGUAUUUUUUAUUGACAUUCAUUUUAAUAUAGUAUUAUACAUUCAGCAUUGUAAAUGAUGCACAUUUUUCAGUGUUGUCUUGGCAUACAUGUAUGCGUCAUGUGAGUCUGUAUUUUGAUAAUAAAUAUCCUUCCAAC